AUGGCUAUGUUUUUUCUGUUUUCUUUAAUACUGGUAAUGGAUAUUACAGUCAGUGGAUGGAGAUUUGGAUUUGAUGGUUUGAGUAUGAAUUAUUACAUGAUGAAUUGUCCAUUCGCCGAGGGAAUUAUAAAGGAUACUGUUAAUAGAGCUUUGCUAUCCGAUCCCACUCUUGCUGCAGGCCUGAUCAGGAUGCAUUUCCAUGACUGCUUUAUCGAGGGAUGUGAUGGAUCAGUACUACUUGACUCUACUAAAGAUAACAAAGCAGAAAAAGACUCCCCAGCAAAUUUAAGUUUGAGAGGUUAUGAAAUAAUCGAUCAAGCCAAGGAAGAACUUGAAAAGCAGUGUCCAGGAGUUGUUUCUUGUGCUGAUAUUCUUGCAAUGGCUGCAAGGGAUGCUGUUUUCUUUGCUGGAGGGCCAGUGUAUGACAUACCUAAAGGAAGAAAAGAUGGAAGAAGGUCGAAAAUAGAAGACACGAUCAAUCUUCCUCCACCAACCUUAAACAGUUCUGAGCUUAUAAGGAUGUUUGGGAAACAUGGUUUUACCGCUCAAGAAAUGGUGGCUUUGUCUGGAGGGCACACACUAGGAGUGGCAAGAUGUUCAUCAUUCAAAAGCAGAUUGAGCAACUUCGACACCACUAAUGAUGUGGAUCCUACAUUGGACAGAAAAUUUGCAAAAACACUGUCCAAAACAUGCACAGCAGGGGACAAUGCUGAGCAGACCUUUGAUUCAACAAGAAACAGUUUUGACAAUGAUUAUUACAGUGCACUGCGGAGGGAAAAUGGUGUACUUUUUUCUGAUCAAACUUUGUUUGCAAGUGCAGCAACUAGAGGAAUUGUGUAUGGUUAUGCUAUGAACCAGGCUAUGUUCUUCCUAGAUUUCCAACAAGCAAUGGUGAAAAUGGGUAAAAAAAUGGCUCAGAUUCUGCUUCAUGGAACUCUUCAUGUUACGAUCUUUGAAGUUGAUAGGCUGCACGGUGAUGGAGGUGGUGGUGGUGGGCAUUUCUUCCGCAAGAUGAUGGAGAACAUUGAAGAGACAGUUGGUUUCGGAAAAGGAACUCCCAAAAUUUAUGCCACUAUUGAUUUGGAAAAGGCAAGAGUUGGGAGGACUAGAAUGAUAGAAAAUGAACCUAACAACCCAAAGUGGUACGAGUCUUUUCACUUGUACUGUGCUCAUAUGGCGUCGAAUGUGAUAUUUACUGUUAAAGAUGAUAAUCCCAUCGGUGCAACUUUAAUUGGAAGAGCUUAUGUACCAGUUCACGAACUCUUGGAAGGGGAAGAAGUAGAUAGGUGGGUUGAGAUAUUGGAUAAAGAUAAGAAUCCUACAAGUGAAGGUUCUAAGAUCCACGUGAAGCUACAGUAUUUUGAUGUCUUUCGGGAUUGUAACUGGGCUCAUGGAAUUAGAAGUUCUAAGUAUCCUGGGGUGCCAUAUACUUUCUAUGCUCAGAGAACAGGAUGUCGGGUUUCUUUGUACCAAGAUGCUCAUGUACCAGAUAAAUUUAUUCCAAAAAUCCCCCUAUCUGGAGGAAAGAAUUACGAGCCUCACAGAUGUUGGGAAGAUGUUUUUGAUGCAAUCAUCAAUGCCAAGCACUUGAUUUACAUUACUGGAUGGUCAGUAUACACUGAAAUUGCCUUGAUAAGGGACUCAAGGAGGCAAAAGUCGGGAGGAGACGUUACCCUUGGCGAACUGCUUAAGAAAAAAGCAAGUGAAGGUAUUAAAGUUCUUAUGCUUGUUUGGGACGACAGAACCUCUGUGGGUCAGUUAAAGAAAGACGGUUUAAUGGCGACUCAUGAUGAAGAGACGGAAAUCUACUUCCAAGGUACUGAUGUACAUUGUGUCUUAUGCCCUCGCAAUCCAGAUAAUGGCGGAAGCAUUAUUCAGGACAUGCAAAUAUCCACCAUGUUUACUCAUCACCAGAAGAUUGUGGUGGUGGAUAGUGAUAUGCCUGGUGGAGAAUCACAAAAGAGGAGAAUCGUGAGUUUUGUGGGGGGUCUUGACCUCUGUGAUGGAAGAUACGACACCCCAUUCCAUUCACUUUUCAGGACAUUGGAUACUGCCCACCAUGAUGAUUUCCAUCAGCCAAAUUUCUCUGGUGCUGCAAUCACAAAAGGUGGACCAAGGGAACCAUGGCACGACAUUCAUUCUCGUUUGGAAGGACCAAUUGCUUGGGAUGUUUUAUUUAAUUUCGAACAGAGGUGGAAGAAACAAGGUGGGAAGAACAUAUUACUUAACUUGAGAGAGCUCGAUGAUAUUAUUCCCCCAUCUCCAGUGAUGUUUCCAGAUGACCAUGAGACAUGGAAUGUUCAGUUAUUUCGAUCUAUUGAUGGCGGGGCAGCUUUUGGAUUCCCUGAAUCACCGGAAGAGGCAGCAAGAGCAGGUCUUGUUAGUGGGAAAGAUAAUAUAAUUGACCGAAGCAUUCAAGAUGCAUACAUUAAUGCUAUACGUCGAGCUAAAAAUUUUAUAUAUAUUGAAAACCAGUAUUUUCUUGGAAGCUGUUUUGGGUGGCAUUGCGAAGAUAUCAAGGUUGAGGACAUCGGAGCUCUUCAUCUCAUUCCAAAGGAGCUUUCGCUGAAAAUUGUCAGUAAGAUUGAGGCUGGGGAAAGGUUUACUGUCUAUAUUGUAGUCCCAAUGUGGCCUGAAGGGAUUCCAGAAAGCGCAUCAGUUCAGGCCAUAUUAGAUUGGCAAAGGAGGACAAUGGAAAUGAUGUACAAGGAUAUAAUUCAGGCCCUUCAAGCUAAGGGCAUUGAGGAGGACCCGAGAAAUUAUUUGACCUUCUUCUGCCUUGGUAAUCGCGAGACAAAGAAGAGUGGAGAGUAUGAACCAUCAGAAAAACCAGAACCUGAUUCUAAUUAUCUAAAAGCUCAGGAGGCUCGGCGCUUCAUGAUCUAUGUUCAUACCAAGAUGAUGAUAGUGGACGAUGAAUACAUAAUCGUUGGAUCAGCCAACAUCAACCAAAGAUCAAUGGAUGGUUCAAGGGAUUCAGAGAUAGCCAUGGGAGCGUACCAACCAUAUCAUUUGGCUACAAGUCGAACUGCUCGGGGUCAGAUUCAUGGUUUCCGUAUGGCACUGUGGUACGAACACCUUGGUAUGCUCGACAACACUUUCUUCCACCCAGAAACCGAGGAAUGUAUAAUGAAGGUGAACCAGAUUGCUGACAAAUACUGGGAUCUCUACGCCAGUGAAAAUCUUGAACAUGAUCUUCCUGGUCACCUCCUCCGCUAUCCCAUUCGUAUUGCUAGUGAAGGAGAUGUCACGGAACUUCCAGGAACAGAGUUUUUCCCAGAUACCAAAGCUCGUAUUCUAGGAAAGGGAUCGAUUUCCGAAGCCGAAACCCUAGAGAGAGAAAGAAUUGAAAAUGCCUCUCUCUCUCAGGGCGUUGUAAAAAAUUGCUAA